AGUUUGAAUCGACGCGCACACGCUCGAAAGGAAGUUUGCUUGAAAACUGGUCGCAAGGCGCGCUUACCGCGCAAGAUGGCGGCCGACAUGAAGGAGAAGCUCCUUUCGAUAACACUUAAGGCCAUCCAGGGAGCUACAUUUGAGCCGGAUGCAUACUAUCAGGCUCUUGAGCCCCUCGGCCCGCCGGCGUCAUACGCGGAGACGCUGGUGGAUGUGUUCUGGCUGCUGUGGGUGCGGUUCGAGGUCGGGCGCGGCUCGGAGAGCAUGAACCUGGUGUCCGCCAUCAAAGCCUGCUGGCAGGACAAGCGGGUGUCGGACCGGCAGCUGCUUCAGGUGCUGGAGCCCGAGUGCCUGCACACCGUGGGGCUGCUGCGCGACAAGGCGCUGUGGGAGAAGAAGAGCGUGCGCUACAACACCAAGCUCAACUACACCAUUGCCAAGUACAACCUGCUGCGCGAGGACAGCGAGGGCUACGCCAAGCUGGUCACGCUGUACAACCACUUCGGCAGCGGGGCCAUGCAGCCGGGGGACCUGCCCUCCAUGGCCCGCGAGCUGCACUCGCUCAUCGGCUGCUUCGACCUGGACCCCAACCGCUGCCUGGACCUGCUGCUGGACGCCGCGGCGGCGCAGCCCCUGAACGCCGCGCUGCUGGAUGUGGUGGAGCUGCUCAAGGCCGAGGCGGUGGGGCAGCUGCUGGGGUUCAAGCUGCAGGGGUACCAGGACCCCUCCCGGCCGCCCGCUCCUCGGUCGCUGUUCCUGGUGGCGGCCCAGCUGAUAGCCAGCCGCCGCGCCACCCUCACAGAGCUGCUCGCACACAUGGCGCCCAGCGACGCCGCGCAGGCGGCGGCGCAGAAGGCGGCUCGCGAGGCUCUGAUGCGGCGCGUGAAUGACAUUGGCACGAUCAAUCUGGGGGGAGGAGGAGCAGCAGGGGGCGGGGGAGGGGCGGGAGGGGUGAUGGAGCUGCCAGCCACGGCGGCGGCGGCGGAGCGCGAGGCGGCGGCGCGGGAGGCGGCGGGCAAGGAGCGCGACCGCGGCGGCAAGGGCGGUGCGGCGGCGGCGGCGGCGGCGGCGCAGCCUCGCGCCGCCGGUUUGUCCGCCGCACACUUUGAGCUGGACCCGGCGGCGGCGGUGGGCGGCCUGGCCGCCGGCCCCAACCCCGAACACAACCAGCCCCUGGCGCUGCUGGACGCGCUGCUGGAGCUCGGCAGUAGCAGCAGCGGCAGUAGCAGCAGCAACGGCGGCAGUAGCAACGGCGGCAGUAGCAGCAGUCACUGCUGGGAGGUGGCUCUGGAGCUGCACGACCGGCUGGUGGCGGAGGGGGCGAGUCCGGCGGCGGCGCCCGCCAUUGGGGCGGCGCUGUGUCGGCUGCUGGAGGCGGAGGUGAAGCCGCGCUAUGCGGCGCUGUUCCCGCAGGGCGUGCUGGCCCGCCACGCCCUCUCCGGAGAGGCGGCGCCCGCGCCCCUGCCCGGCGGCGCAGCCGCCCCCGCCCCCGCCAUUGGCGCCGCCGCCGCCGCCGCCGCCACCGCGACCGCCGCCGCCGCCGCCGCAUCUGGCGUCUCGGGUCCUGCUCUGACGCCGCUGGCUCUGCGGCUGCUGGCCAUGCUGGGGCCCUUCGUGCACCGCGAUGUGCGCCUGUUCACCAAGGUCAUUCGCUUGGUCCGCUACCAGCUCACUAACGACAUCGCCUCAGGAGCAGCCGCAGCCGCAGGCGCCACCGCCGCCGCCGCCGCCGCCGCCGGCACCGCUACACCCAUUCCGGCCGCUGCCGCCGCCGCCGCCGCAGCAGGCGGCCGCGCCGGAGGCGCCCGCGCCGCAGGCGGCGCCGCAGGCUCUGCGGCGGCGGGGGCGGCGGCUCCGCCUCCGCUGCCGUCGCUUGAGGAGUUGAUCAGCGGUGUGUUGCUGCCGGGCGUGGCGUGCUGGCCUGUGCACCUGCCCCUGGCGGGGGAGGUGUGGGAGUGUGUGCGGCUGCUGCCGGUGCAGGCGCGGUACCGCGUGUACGCCGACUAUAGAGAGCUGUCCCAGACGCAGCCGCUGCUGCAGGCGGCGUGGCGGCUGGCCACCGUGGAGACCAAGAAGGUGCUCAAGCGCCUCGUGCUGCCCACGGACCCGCAGAAGAAGAAGGAGGCGUGCAGGCCGCACGCGCGCAUGGUGGCCAAGGUGGCCCACGCCAACCCCAUGCCGGUCAUGGAGGCGGUGGUGACCCAGAUCGAGGUGUACGACAACCAGAUCGAGGUGUCGCUGGAGGCGCUCAAGUACCUCAGCCCGCUCAGCUACGACGUGCUCACCUUUGUCAUCCUGUCCAGGCUUGCAGUGGAGCGCGACAAGGUGAAGGAGGACGGCGUCAACAUCAGCAGCUGGCUGCAGGGACUGGCCAGGUUCACGGGGGCAGCCUGCAGGCGCUUCUCCGACCUGGACGUGGGCGCUGUGCUCCAGUUCCUGGUGACCACCCUGCGCGCCGGCGACGCCUUCGACCUGCUGGUGCUGCAGCAGAUCAUCGUGUCCAUGACGGGCGUGCGGCUGGAGGCGCUGCUGUCUGAGGAGCAGAUGGACGCGCUGUCGGGCGGGCCGGAGCUGAUUGCGGAGGCGGUGGUGCUGGACGGCGGCGAGGCGGACGCGGCGCUGGGCAUGGGGCGCACCGCCACACACAAGGACCUGGCCAAGGGGCGGCAGCGCCUGCUGAGGGCGCUGGAGGACGUGGAGGGCCGGCGGCCGGCGGGUGUGGCGGGCGCGGCGGCGGGCGGCAGCGGCAGCGGCUGCAGCAGCGCGCUGACGCUGCCGCUGCUGAUCCUGGUGGCGCAGCAGCGCUCCAUCAUCAUCAACCACACCGACUCCAAGCUCGUCAAGUUCAUCGCGACCAUGUACGACAGGUGCCAGGACACGCUGCUGCACCUGUGCGAGUUCCUGCGCCUGGCUCUGCCGGUGGAGGCCUACGCCGACAUGCUGCCGCCGCCGGACGUGCUCAGGCGCGACUUCGGCAUUGACGUGGAGGUGGUGUGGCACAUCUACCGCCCCGUCAUGGCCCGACUGCUGGACGCCGCAGCGCCGCAGCCCGCGGAGGAGGGCGAGCUGGAGGAGGGCGAGGAGGCGGGCGCCGCGGCGGCGCCGUCGGGCGGCGCGGACGCGGCGGCGGCGGCCGGCGGCGCCCCACGCGAGGAGGCGCGUGUGGGCGACAAGACCUGGGCGGGCGUGCUGCGCGGCCUGCCCGCCUGCACAGGCAGCGGCGGCGGCGGCGGCGGCGGCGGCGGGCCGGGCGACGUCGUUGACGGCAGCGGUCUGUGGUCGCAUGUGACUCCGGACAUGUACGCCACCUUCUGGAGCCUGCAGCUGCAGGACAUAUACGUGCCCAUCAAGAGGUACGACAAGGAGCUGGGCCUGGUUCGCGACCAGCUGGCGGCGCUAGAGUCCAACUACCUCAACUACAUCCGGCCGGGGCUGCAGUCCUCCUCCGCCUACGUGUCCAACAACCUGCAGCAGCAGUACGAGGCCUACAAGGCGGAGAAGGCGGCGCUGCAGGACAAGCAGUCGCGCCUGAGUGCGGAGCUGGAGUCCCGCCGGCGUCACGUGGACGAGGUGCGGUCGCGGCUGGCGCUGCAGCGCACCUCCUUCUUCCACCCCCGCGUCAACUCGGCGCUGCUGCAGCAGAAGCAGCAGCAACAGCAGCAGCAGCAGGCGGCGGCAGCGGCGGCGGCCAAGGGCGGGGACGACAAAGCGGAGGAGGGCGAGGCGCCGGCGGGCGGCGCGGACGGGGAGGAGGCGAAGGAGCGGGCGGCGGGCGCGGCGGGCAGCAGUGGCGGCGCGGCGGCGCCGGCGGGUGCGGGUGCGGGUGUGGGUGCGGCUGGUGCCAAGGUGCUGGCCAAGAGCCCCUAUGUGCCCAUGUCUCAGGAGAUGCUGCUGCCGCGCAUCCUGUUCGGCGCCACGGACGCGCUGUACACGGCGCGGCUGCUGUUCCUGCUGCUGCAGCUGGAGACGCGCCACUUCAACGUCAUGGCACUACUGGACACGUUCCUGCGCACCUGCAUCCCGGUGCUGCGCUCGGCGACGGAGGUGGAGGCGCACAACUUCGGCUGCUUCCUGCAGGAGGUGUACCGCACACUGGUGGCCUGGCACCGGGACGAAAAGCUGUUCCUGGACGAGUGCGCGCGCAAGAUGCCGGGCAGCCAGAACUCCUUCAAGCCCACGCCGCACGUGUGGUUCAAGCACCGCAUGUUCGUGUGGCACGGCGCCCUAGCCACCACCUUCCGCUUCUCACUGGAGUCGGGUGACUACACACAGAUGGCGAACGCGCUGUCGGUGAUGAGCCGCAUGGUGCCCUACUGGCCCGGCCACUCGCCCGCCUACACCACCUUCCGCACGCUGGUGGAGCGGGUGCAGAAGGACGACCCGCGCGAGGACCUCAAGACCAUGGCCCGCUCCUACCUCAUCGCGCUCAACAGGGAGGCAGACAAGCCCGGCCGCAUGCUGUCGCAGGCGGACUACGGAGGACCAACGGUGGCGGAGCGGCGCCCUGCGGGCGCCGCGCCGCGCGGCGGCGCCGCCGGCGCGCCGCCGGCUUCGCCGGCGGCGGCCAAGGCCGCCGCCGGCGCGAGGCCUGCGGCCUCGGCCGCCGCGGGCGGCGACAGCGGCGGCAAGUCGUUGAACGUGGCAGCGAAGCCGUUCGUGCCGAAGAGCGGCGGCGGCGGCGGCGCGGCGAAUGGCGACGGCGGCGGCGGCGCGGAGGGUGCUGCGGGUGAGGAUGGACGCGGCGCCGCGCGCAAGCGGCAGCGGGUGGAGGGCCCUGGCAGCGGCGGCAAGGGCGAGGGCGGUAGCGACAAGGCGGCGGACGGCGGCGGCGGCAAGGGCGGCGGCGGCGGCGGCGGUGCGGGGCAGGCCAGCGCGGCUAAGAAGGCUCGCACCGAUGCCGGCGGCGGUGGCGGCGACGACACUCGGUCGGAGGCGGGCGGCCGCGCGGGCUCGGAGACCAGUGGCCGCGGCGGCGACCGUGCGGAUGGCGAGGGCGGCAAGGGCGGCAAGGAGGGGAAGGAGCACAAGGAGCACAAGAAGGCGAAGGACAAGGACAAGGACAGGGAGAAGGAGCGCAAAGACAAGGACAAGGAGCGCAAGGGCGACAAGGAGCACAAGGAGGAGAAGGACGAGUCCCGGCGCGAGGAGAAGGAGCGGCGGCGGGAGGAGAAGGAGCGGGAGAAGGCGGAGCGCGCCGCGGGAGCGGCAGCCGGCGGCGGCUCCACGCCGGCGCCCGCGGGCGACAAGGCGGAGCGCGGCGAGGGGCGGGCGCCGUCGGCGGAGCGCUCGCGUGCCGGGGCGGCGGGCGGCGCAGCCGACGGCGGCCGCGAGCGCGCGUCACGGGACCGCGAUGCGGACCGCGACGGCGGUGACGUGGCCGUCAAGCGGCGGCGCGCCGACGGCGGCAAAUCGGAGGGCGGUGGCGUUGGCGGCGCCAGCCCAGGCCACGCCGCGCGCGGGAGCAACACGCCCGACAUAAGCCGCCGCAACACCACGGACGCCGACAUCGAGUACGACGCCGCUGGCUUCGCAUUGCCGCCUGCGCCAGGCUCGCGAGGCGGCGGCGGCGGCGCUGGCGGUGCCCGGGCGGGUGGCGGCGCCGCGCCUGGCGGCGGGCUGCCGCCGGCGCCGCGGGCAGGCGGCGGCGGAGCUGGUGGGGGAGGCAGCGGCGGAGAGCCGCGGCGCCGUGCCGGGCGAUGAGGCGGCGGUGGUGGGGCAUCUUGGCGAGGGCCGUGCUGGGCCGUCACGGUGGCCUGUGGGCGUGUGACUGUAAGUGGCAGCGCUUGUGAGUUGUGACGGGCUUGCAUGAGACAGGACGCUGCUCCUAGGACGGCGGUGCGGCGCCUCCUGGCGGCGAACACGCGGGACACUGGCGCAGCGAUUUGCAACGGGAAUCAAGCGAUUUAAAGUGGGGCCCCAGGUUGCCUGGAGGACUCAUGCCGUGGGCUCGGCUCCAGUGCGGUAGUUGUUGAGCUUGGUGGCGUUGGGGCUAGUGGCGGGUUGGCGCCACGCCCCCCGCAGAGCAACUUGCCGUGCCAAGAUCGUUGGCCAGACGCAUCACCGGUACAUGCUAGCGCUCAAGUACUGCGGCGGGGUGGUCGUGCAGGCAUUCGCGCCGUCGCGUUGUGUGUGUGUGUGUGAAUGUGUGUGUGUGUACAGUGUAAACAUGACUGGCGUGUGUGGAUGUGCGCGACCGCGCGGAACGGCGGAAGCCCUGUAAGGCGCACGUGCAUAAGCAAUGAAUGGGCACUGAUGCUUACUGUAGCCGCACACGUGCACACGUCCUGCUUGACAAGUAGAGCGGCGUUGGAACUUGUCCGCUCUCUC